UAAAAUCUUUUAAUUACGUUUUGUGCAUCCAAUGAACCAAAACCGACGUCGUGUUUGUUGACUGAAGAUAUUUUUUACGAAGUGGAGACCCGAAUAGAAUAACGAUUCGUAUCUCUAGGGUUUUCUAAAUCUGUUGAAUUUUAUUCAAAUCAUCGAACAUGCAACUGACUCUUGAAUUCGGUGGAGGGUUAGAGCUUCUUUGUGAGUCUGUAAAGGUCCAUAAUAUCAAUGUUGAUCCACCAAAGGGAGCAGAGAAGUUAACUAUGAAAGAUUUGCUUUCUUGGGUUCUCACCAAUUUGAUAAAGGAGAGGCCUGAAAUGUUCAUGAAAGGAGAUACUGUGAGACCUGGUGUUCUAGUACUUGUGAAUGAUUGUGAUUGGGAGCUCAGUGGCCAGCUCGACACGACACUGGAGGAAAAGGACGUGGUGGUUUUUAUCUCAACUUUACAUGGUGGAUAGUGUCAAAAUGUUUGAUGAUAAAACAUAAUGAGAUUUUUGAAGUUUGGCAUUGUGGCCUUGUUUGAGCAUUGAAUAUGAUAGGGUGAAGUGAAGGAUUUCCUAUUUUAUUAACCCUCUUAACUGUCUUGCCUUCAAUGUUUGUUCAUGUAGACAAUGUGAUGAUCAGGCAAAUGAUAAAUUAUUCUGCGUUAGUACGAGGAGUAUGAUUAUAAAUUAUUGUAUGGACAAUA